AUGCUGAUCACUGCGCGCACCUACCAAGCCUCCCAGACUCCAGACCUAGGUGCAGCACAACUCCGCAAUAAAAGAUCGCGAUUCCAUACCCUCUCCGGCUGGCAAACAAGCCCGAAUACAAAGGAAGCGACCGACAUGUUAUUAAUCCACCAAGUGGGUAGUGUGCGCGUUGGGGAAGUUGUUAGAUACACAAUUACAUACACUCCGGCGGCCGAUCCGAUCCUGCCCAUUCCUUCCAAUCUCUAUGUGAGGGUGAAGAACACAUCUGCUAUCCCAUUACGCGCCGCAUACCUCCAUGGCCCCUACACGCUAUACGCCGCUUGCUAUCCGUCGCAGUUUGACCCCAACACCAAAUAUGAGCGACAGGAUCUAGACGGUAAACCGCAGUUCGAGCCCUACCUCAAGGCCGGAGGCGGUUGGGACGCUGCCAUCAAGGUGCCGGAUAACCUCCUGGAAGCUCACGACUUUGGCUCUCCGGGUCAAGGCGGACCGGCAAGUGGCCAGAGCGUUAGCUGGAUCGUUGAAAUUCAAUCGCAAGUGAUAUUCUCAAGUAGCGCAGCAGUACAUUUCGAGCUGCUAGUGGGCCGAGAUGAGAAGUCGCUGGCACAUUUCUCAGGCGGUGCAUGGGGUGGCGGAAAUGGCUCGACGGGGCCUCCGGCAAAGUUACAAGACCAUUGGCUGCCUGGAACUAGAGGUACUCAGGUGCUUGCCUCGAAAGGUGUGUACUCAAAAGCGAUUGCGCUUCAUGUCGACGAUACAACUAGUCUAUGGAACAAUCCGCCAUUCCCCUCAGCGGAGCCAGCUUCCAAAAGCGCUGAACGGCAGAGUCAGAGCUCUCAACCUCCAUGCCACAAUUCAGCGCCAGAGGACUCUCCUGAAGCUCCAAAGAAAAGUGCCAAGAAGAAGCCGGUUCACCUUGUAUUACUGACCCACGGGUUGCACAGCAACCUAGGUGCAGACAUGCUCUAUCUGAAGGAGAGCAUUGACGCAGCCAUGAGAAAGAAAAAGAACGACAGUCAAGCCAGAACUCCCCACGUUGGCUCUGUUGGACUGGAUGAUGGAGAAUUUUCGACAAGCGGUAAAUCCAGUCAUUCACAAGAGCAGAACAGCCAAUCUGGUGACAAUCCCAACGAUGACGACGAAGAGCAAGUAAUCGUGAGAGGGUUUUCUGGCAAUGCUGUUCGGACUGAGCGUGGGAUUCAAUACCUUGGCAAACGGCUGGCCAAAUAUGUCCUGCUUCUCACGUAUCCCGAUCAGCCCUACUUUCCUCUGAAGGGCUCAAAGUCGAACCCAUUUUCUCGACCUUUUAGUGCCCACAAGGAGCGAGCUCAGCCAUUUGCUCAUUCGGCCGAAUCAACCCCGCAGGAGAAUGCUAAAGAAUCUGGAAAUGACGACCAUGCAUAUCAGAUUACGAGCAUUAGUUUUGUUGGCCAUUCCCUCGGUGGGCUGAUUCAGACAUAUGCAAUCGCAUAUAUACAGAAACACUCGCCUCAAUUCUUUGAGAGAAUCAGGCCUGUCAACUUCAUUGCUCUUGCAACUCCUUUUCUUGGUCUCAGCAAUGAGAAUCCGAUAUAUGUUCGAUUUGCAUUGGAUUUAGGUCUAGUUGGUCGUACUGGCCAAGAUCUCGGACUGAGCUGGACAGCACCAAAAGUUCGAAGUGGCUGGGGGGCUAUUAUCGCUGGAAGAGGAGAGUCUGUCAAAGAGCCCGGCCAUUCGGACCCUGGCUCUAAGCCACUCUUACGAAUUCUUCCUUGUGGUCCUGCCCACGAGGUUCUUAAGAAAUUCCAGCAUCGUACGGUGUACUCGAAUGUGGUAAAUGAUGGGAUAGUUCCGUUGCGGACGUCGUCUCUUUUGUUUCUGGACUGGAAAGGUCUGGAUCGGGUUGAAAAGGCAAGGAGGGACAAUGGGCUUGUUGGAACUAUGGCCGAAUGGGGGUGGGCAGAGUUGACAGGCGCCAACUCGAAAUCCCCGCGACUUCCUCGCCUCGAUGAAGACCCGUCUUUGAGUCUUCCGACAAUGGAGUCCGGUCAGCAAAAUGCACAUUCCGCUGCCCAGAUUCCCACAAGGCCCAAAGAUAACCUUUCGGACGAUCCAGUCUCUCCAAGGCCGGAACAAUUUCUGGCACAAUCCAGUCGUGUGUCAAAGCAAAGAAUUCCAGAGGAGGCCGUGGUAAAAGAAAACCUUCCGGGAAAUACGCCCUCCGGUCCCCUAGAAAGCUUUUUCUCGCUGUUUCGCCUAAACCAGGGCAAAAAUCCCCCCAACAGCAAGAGUGCCAGGAUUUACAAACGUAGUCAGACUCUGAGCACUUUGGAGACUGGUGACGGCGACGGCACAAUACCCGAUGUUCAGGGACAUUCCUCGCACGAGCACGAAGGGGUGCAUACGCCUCCAAAGACAACCUUUUUCGAAUCCGCGGGAGACUUGUUGAUGCCGCCUUUGCCGCCCGUGGAUUUCAUUUUGGACCCUGCCUCGCGACCCCGGACAAUUUUCCACGACCGCAUCUACCACCCAGAGGAUAUACCACACCCUUUACCGGUAAAGCGACGCACAUUAGCAUUUGGCUCACUACCGGGCAAGCAAUCGAAGUCGGCGCCCACUGAGCACCCACCUGCUAGCAUGGCAGACCACCAAAGUGGCCUCAAGGUCGAAGAGAAAAUUGCGAGAGCCUAUCACCGUGAUCUGACUUGGCGUAAGGUCCUUGUUCGACUUGAACCAGAUGCUCACAAUAACAUCAUUGUGCGGCGCAUGUUCACCAAUGCCUAUGGCUGGCCUGUUGUGAAACAUUUGGUUGAUACGCAUUUCGGCGACACGCCCACUGCGGAAACUGACGAUUCCCUGAAGCAAAGUGCAGAGAUGGCCAAGUCUCUAAACGUUGGUCCGACUAGUUCAGGUGAUGAGGUUGAAGGACAGUCCGAUUCUGUCGAUCCAGAUUCGGUAAGAAAGACAGACGAUAUGCCAAAUGUCUCCGAUCUCCAUGUAUCGGAAGACCUAUCUUCUGUUCCAAAGGAUACCUUACCAGCUGAAGAUGAAUCACACAUGAGCGCCAGUGAGAAAAACUAUGUAUCGAGGCAGGAUUCGGCACGAUGGACUGAUCGUGAAGUUGUGGAGGAUGACAGCGAGUCCGGCUUCGAAGUGGAAACUAGCGCUGGUUUCCGUCACAGACAAUAG